GCAGGAAACCGUGGAAACAGAAAGGAAGCGGCCGAGCACGGCAUGGAAGCAUUCGUUCUCCACUAUGGAGAGGAGGAGGAGUAGCUCAUGGUCCACGGGGACCAAACCAGCUAUUAUUACAUGUUGCCCAUGAAGGUGCGAGUGCAAGGGCUGAAAAUCGCCCUAACUGCCAAACUGGCUCAGGAUUACCUUCAUAUUGUGGACUCACUGGAGAUUCCCACUCCAGACCCCCACUACCUCCUGGAGCUGGUCAAACACAGGCAGUGGGGGGAUUCAGUCCUCAUCGUUGAUGUAGGCGAUGAAUUCCCUCAGAACAUUCUUAAGGCGACUGAAGAUCUGAAAACAGUGAAUAUCAUUCCAGCCAUAGGUCUGAACGUCCACAGCAUGUUGAAACACGAGAGUCUGGUUCUCACUCUGGAGGCUGUAAAAUUUCUUGAAAAGAAGCUUCUUUGGCAUGAUGUGCGCUACACUCCCCUGUAUCCCUUCAAACUCCCAUACCGUGACAUGCCAUGAACACAGCACAGACUUCAAAGUAUUAAAAUGUUUAUUUCAUAAAA